CGUGGCGGUGCUGGAAGGGAGACAAAAUUCUUGAGUCAGAACACAAGAAUUGCAUUUUGCAGACGGAGCUCCCCACUGCAGCUCCUGCUACCAAAAUAAUAUCAGCUUUCCACAUGGAGCUGUAUACAAAUUCUUCAGUCGAGUACUCUUACAAUGAUGAUGAAUGGAAUGAUACUUUUGAAUAUGCUUUGUAUGAAAGCAUGUGUGUCAAAGAAGAGGUGAGGCACUUUAGGAAGUUAUUCCUACCUGCAUUUUACUCCACUGUUUUCCUCGUUGGACUUGCAGGAAAUUCUUUAGUGGUUGCAAUCUAUGCCUACUUCAAGAAACUGAAGAGCCGGACGGAUGUGUACAUUAUGAACGUGGCCAUUGCCGAUUUGUUACUGCUUUUCACUCUCCCAUUCUGGGCUGCGAAUGCUGUGCAUGGAUGGGUGCUUGGUAUUGCUUUGUGCAAAAUCACCUCUGCUACGUACACCCUGACCUUCAGUGCCAGAAUGCAGUUUCUGGCUUGCAUCAGCAUUGACAGAUACAACGCCAUCAUCAAACCCCAGAGUCUACGAAGAGUUACCAAGCAAUGCAGCAAAACCUGCUCUGUGGUCUGGAUGGCUGCCACGUUGCUAUGCGUUCCUGAACUCAUUUUUAACACAGUCAGAGAGCUACAUGACAGAUCUGAAUGUCUCCCUAUAUAUCCCAAGAGCCUUGGGCUAACAAUUAAAGCUACCAUUCAAAUUUUGGAAAUUACUCUGUGUUUUGUAUUGCCUUUCCUUAUCAUGCUGACUUGCUACUCAGCUGUUGCCAGAGCUCUCCUUAAGAGUCCCUGCAUUAAGAACACCCAUCCCCUGAAAGUUCUGGUGGCAGUCGUCUCUGCCUUUAUCCUUACCCAGCUGCCCUACAACAUCGUCAAGCUUUGGAGAGCCAUAGAUAUUAUCUUCCACCUGAUUACAGACUGCGACAUAAGCAAAGCCAUCGAUGUUGCCUUUCAGGUCACUAAGAGUAUUGCCCUGUUUCACAGCUGCCUAAACCCCAUCCUUUAUUUUUUUAUGGGCGCCUCUUUCAAAAUGUAUCUGGUGAAAAUGGCAAAAAAUUAUGGCUACUGGAGAAGGCAACAAAACACAGCAACUGAAGAGAUUCCCAUGGGCCACGAGGAAUCUGUGGAGCAAACAAGCAGCUUCACUAUCUAGAAAACUGGAAGAACUGGAGCACUUACCAUAUCCCUGUUAGCUACUCAAUACUUUGAUGUUGAGAACUGAUUUUAAGAUAAGGGAACAUAUACACUCCUUGGCACAUAACUGCACCAUGAAAUUCUUGUUAAACUGGUAGGGUAAUGCAAAAAUCUUGGCGCAAUCUGUUCCCUCAACACCCCUGGCACGGCACACCUUUUCCACGCUUGUUUUCAGUUUAUUGUGCAGUAUACUAUCCAUUUUAUAUAGACUACUCUAUGAGGAGCUGAGAAAUGGAAAAACAAAAAUGGGGGAGGGGAGAGAUGUGUAAGGGAUGAGUGCUUGUGGAGAGGAGAGACCAGAAGUAUUCAAAAGUUGUUAUCUGCAGGGCUGACUUUUUCUCAAGCAGCCUGGAUUGGGCAAAAGGAUGCACAAUGAGUCAGGGUUGUUUUUUGUUUGUUUGUUUUCUUUCAUUGCAACACGUAUGGUAGCUCUAUACCUGACAACCAUUUUAAAGUGCUAAUUUAUUCCCAUUUUAUUACUUUUAACUGUAUUUUUAAAAA